AUGCCGUACAGUCCUCGAGCAUCGGAGCUUGAUGUAUGGACUCUAAGCCAGGAGCUCGUCCAGGGCUUGACUAUUGCCGCGCUCAUCUUCGCUCUCAUCAUCGUUCUUCUAGUUUGUUCCGAUCGACUGUCUGACGCUCUUCAAGUCGACUCGAGGCCCGCCGUCGACCAAUCUGUGAAGCCAAGACCGAAGUCAUUCCGAUCCGUGGUUCCUGCCGUCUCGUCUGCUAUUGUGCCGCUGUAUAGUGCAUACAGCUGCCUGGAAGAUCGCGCAUCUCGCUUGCUCCCAAUCCUCCGGAGGAACUUCAAAGCGAUGCGGUCUUCGUCAUUAGUUCAGGAACCUCUGGAAUUGACGAACUUCUUCAACGCUGAGUUCUAUGGGAAUAUAAAGAUUGGUACUCCAGGACAGACCUUCAAGGGUUAG